UAAAAAUACAAGAGAGUUGACUGAGGAAGGAGGAGGCAGCCAAAUCUCCAUGUACGGAACGCCACACCCCUCCGCCAUGAAUGACGCCGCCGCCGACCACCCCGCGCCCCACCUCGACGACGGAAACGACGCCGACGACAUCGACAACGACCCCGACGGCACCACCAGCCACCACCCCUCUUCCGAGAUCAGGUACGACGCGGCCCACUCGCCGCACGCCCUCGCCGCCCUCGACACGGCCCUCUACGCCCCCGAUUUGACGGCGGAGCCGCCCGCCGACCAGCUCACCCUCUCCUUUCAGGGCGAAGUUUAUGUCUUCGACUCUGUUUCCCCUGAUAAGGUUCAGGCAGUUUUGUUAUUGUUGGGUGGGUACGAAGUGCCGACUGGUAUUCCUACCCCGGGGAUGACACCUCAGAACCAUAGGAACGUGGGUGAUUAUCCAGCAAGGUCGAGUCAGCCUCAGAGGGCUGCCUCUUUGAACCGGUUUAGAGAGAAGAGGAAAGAACGGUGUUUUGAAAAGAAGAUCCGUUAUACAGUUCGCAAAGAAGUUGCCCUCAGGAUGCAGCGUAAGAAAGGUCAGUUCACGUCAUCAAAAUCAGUGCUUGACGAACCGGGAUCAUGUUCUGCUGAUUGGAAUGGGAAUCCUGGCCCGGAAGAGCCGGAAACCUCAUGCACACAUUGUGGGAUCAGCUCAAAAGCCACUCCUAUGAUGCGACGUGGACCGGACGGGCCAAGAACUUUUUGUAACGCUUGUGGUCUCAAGUGGGCCAGCAAGGGAGUUUUGAGGGACCUGACAAAGGUUCCCAUAAUAAUGCAGCAGCAUCCUAUGAAGCUCGAUGGGGAAACUAAUGGCGAGAACCCCGGCAUAACCCCUUCCAACAUGAUCACAUCUUCCUGUGGCGGCGACAACUAAUCCUCUAGUAUCAAUGUGCCUGUUGAAAUUCCAACAGUAAUCUGCAUCGGCUCGAGUCACCUGUAAGAAAUCUCUCAACUUGGGAUUGUGCUUAUACCGUCGAGGCGGAUAUGCACGUGAUGCCUCCUCUAAACUGGUACGGCCUGAUUCGACAUUCAUUGUUCCUUGUGGUGGAGAGAAACGGAUGAUGCCAUUCUGUUUUAGAAUUUUGAACAAGAGAUGUAAAUAUUCGUUUGGAUUAGUGUUCUAGUAAUCAAUAUGCUUAGGAUUGUGGGGUGUUUGAGAGAUUGCUGUUUGCAACCAUAUCUUUAUUUAAUCUAUAUUUGAUUUGCAUCCA